AUGAGAUACAAGGAGUGCCUGAAGAACCAUGCAGCAGCAAUUGGUGGGAAUGCCACUGAUGGGUGUGGCGAAUUCAUGCCAAGUGGAGAUGAAGGCACCAUUGAAGCCUUCAAGUGCUCAGCUUGCAACUGCCACAGAAACUUCCACAGGAAAGAGACAGAAUCAUCUGACUACCCCUCUCCAUUUUCCCACACUCCACUAAUGGGGUACCCUACAAAUACCAUGAUAAUGUCCUACAAAAGCGGGUCGGUUCCCCCCUCAGAGUCUGAUGAUCAGAAGGAUGAUCAUGACUAUGGGAGUGGUGCUGUGGCAAGGCCAGCUGAAAAGGUGAUCAUCAGAAAGAGGUUUAGAACCAAAUUUACAAAAGAGCAGAAGGAAAAGAUGUUGAGCUUUGCAGAGAAGGCUGGGUGGAGAAUGCAGAAGGUUGAAGAAUCUGCUGUGCAGCAUUUCUGUCAAGAGAUUGGGAUCAAGAGGAGAGUCCUCAAGGUGUGGAUGCAUAACAACAAACACAGCCUUGCAAAGAAGAAUUAG